GACAUGAUCGUUGGGACACGUCCUAUAGGCUGGUUGGACAUGAUCGUUGGGACACGUCCUAUAGGCAGACAUCUCUGUCUCAUACCUAAAAAGGUCGGCUAUAAAAAGGUCAAACCAACAAGGUAGGAGGUGAUGACGAUCUGAAAGAGCCAGAACCCAGCAGGCCUGAGAACUAUAUUCAGGUGAUCCAAUGAUUUGGUCAGGAAGUUCUGCUAUUGCAUGAAAACUAACUAAUGCAGUAAAACCUGUUGGUCCUCUCGUUCUGUUGUCUCAGACUGUGAGCUGGAGGUGGAUGAGGGGGUGGAGUCUGUCCUGCUGCCCUUCAGAACCUCUGGGGAUCUGUCAGAUGCUGAGGUGGAGUGGUGGCGCUACGAGCCUGAACCACCGAUGACGGUCCACAAACACCAGCACGGCUUGGACCGGGCUGAAGAUCAGCACCAGUUUUACAGAGAGCAAACAGAGAUGAGGUCAGAGUUUGGAGACCCGAGUCUGACCCUGAAAUACCCGACAGACCGGGACAGCGGCAGCUACAUCUGUAAGGUCCACAACAAGAGGAACAAGAGGAAGAAAACUGUGAUGCUCAGAGUCAUCAAUCGGCAGGUGGAGGUGGAUUCAGAGGCGGAGUCUGUCCUGCUGCCAUUCAGAACCACACCUGAGCUCCCUGAAGAUGCUACAGUGGUUUGGUGGAAGCUGGAACCAGAACAUGUGAAGGUCCAUGUGUAUCAGAAGGGCUGUGAGCUAGCUGAAGAACAGGAGGAGUCUUACAGGAACAGAACCCAGAUAAGUGAAGAUCUGCUGAGAACCGGAGACCUCAGUCUGACUUUGAGAUGUCCCACAGAUGGAGACAGUGGGACGUACAGGUGUGAAGUCUACAGUGAGACAAAGAAAAGCUGCAGGGAGAAAACAGUGAUCGUCAAAGUCCAAAAGAGAAGUCAGGGACAAACUAUGGACAUCAGGAAGAGAAGAAAGUCCACUGGUCCCUCUCCUCUGCUGGAUCCUCAGCCUCUAUGAUUGGUUGUUAGUGAUGCUCUCUGAGCUCUGCUUCAUGGACUGCCAGUCUGGACUUUAGUCUGAAGACGUUGUUGUCUUGUUGUCCUCAUCUUGUUGCUGAUGAUCACGGCUGUCCUGGUUGAACCAGCAGACAGACCGCUGUCCUGCCCAGUGGACAGAUCUGCUAACUGGACGACUUCUGAACUCGUUCAGCUCUCUGAGAGUCUGCUGGUGUCUGAAAAAACAACGUGUCUCCAAAGACAGCAUCGGUCUUCUUCUGCUGUUGGACUCGGAGUUCAGAGCUUCAGGUUGAUCUCAGGAACCUCUUCGUCAUCAUUUUGGACCUUGAAGACAUGUUGUCUCUCUAUGGAAUGGAGCUGAGAUGUUUCAGAUGCAGAAAUAGAUUUUUAUCUUUCUACAUAAAAUAAAAAUGUAAUAAAAAGAAAGAUGUAAACUAUAGAACAUAAACUCUAAGGCUCUGAACUAAAGAUGAAUCUGGAAUAAGAAUGUAAACCAGAACCUGAGUGGUUCUGAGAUUCUUAAGGUUCUAAAAAUCAAUUGCGCUGAUUCAAUUUAUUUUUGUGCUGCGUUUGUUUUAAUUAUAUUAACACUUAUUUCCAGAGGUCAUCAAAGGUCAGCCAGUCAAUUCAUUUUACUGCAAUUCUGAGCUGAUUUGUGCUGCUAAUGUUUAUCACUUUAAAGUUUUUAAAGUUUAGCCACAUUAUCUAAACCAGUUAGAGCUGAACAAUCCUGGUUUUUACAUAACAAACGUAUCUCACUCAACAUCAUUUAACGGUGCUCUAUUCAGGGGGAAUAAAAGAAGAAGGAAAAAAAAAAUUAUGAUUUUUUUGUUUUUACUUUUAAACAGUUUAUUCGGGCAAAUAAGUCAGGCAGAAAGAGUCUCAGCAUUUUCCCUCAAGGUGAGUGCCAAGUGACUGCUGAGUGUACACAGGCAACAAUAUCUGUGCUGCCUGCACAGAUAAGGGCUGUUUUUAGCUGCCCUGGUGAGGACCCAUAUUGAUAAUAAAGGCCUAUGCAUCUCUCCUUACUUUAAACUUUGCUAUCUUCCCUUCACUUUAUAUGCAAGGAUACUAGUGCCCCUUUUCCACUAGUACCAACUCAGACCGGUUUUCUACGA